UGAACUUCUGAUCUGGACCCAUGAAAACCUCCAUGCGGAUUUUCUUUGUACUGUAUGUUUGUAGUCACAGCUCAUGAUUUGUCAUGAGCUCCGGAGGGAAACAAAUGGACUCCACCUGCCAAUCGUCCUGUGUGAAGCUCUAUCUGUGCUCCAACCCUGAGGACAGUGUGGUAGAGCGCAGAGCUCUGAGAGAAAGCGGUUUCCCCAAACUAAGAGAGCACUGCAGACACACAUGGGGACUGGACUUCAGCGUGAUAGACCCCUUUGAGUCCAGUGAUCGCAGUCGUUGGCCGGAUGAAAACACCAGGCAGCAGCUGAUUAAAGAAUGCAGAGAUAGCUCAUCUGGACCUUUUUUACUGGCUCUGGUAGGUCACCAGUAUGGUGCGGCCUGUCUUCCUGCUCAGGUGGAGGUGUCUGAGUUCCAACUGCUGCUGCAGCAAAGCCAGCGGGGGGGCAUCAGCACCCAGAAGCUAGAGAGACUUUACCAGAGGGAUGAGAACACCAUCCCUCCCUCCUACUGCCUGAGACCACCACACAGAGCCCCCUGCAGGCCUCAGUAUAUAACUGUUUUUGUGAAUCAGGCAGGGAUUAAUAAGGAAGAGUGGAGCAUGAUGAAAGCUAAAGAAGACGAGCUGAUGAGGAUAAUUCAGACGACCGUGAGUCUGUGUGUCCACAACAAUGUAAUGACCCCAGAGAGAGGCCACACAUACUACAGAUCAGCCCUCGACGCAGAUCUGCGAUUUGCUCUGGACGAGCGCCAUGAUCAUGAGACGAUCGGACGCUGCCUGGUCUACGUCAACAAAGUCGUGAAUGCUGAGCGCGAGACAGAGAGAGGACGGAUACAUUCACAGUCAGAGGCCUCAGACCUAAGAUUCACACCAUCUGACCAACAUUAUCUCUCAGAACUCAGUGACAGCCUUCUGCCCGGUCUCAUCGCUUCCCGUUGGAUUCAACUUUACACCACCACCACAGAGUGUGACCGUCGCUAUGGUUACACAUCUGCCAGAAGGCGGGGCUACGCUGAGUCUCUGUGCCAGCAGGUGUGCUCUGACCUCAUGGGGCUGAUUGACAGCUUGAACCCGUCAGAAACCUGGAACCAGACGCAGCUCGGUGAUGCGCUGACCCGAGACUGGGCCGAGCAGGAGGAGCUGUGUGACUCCCUGGCACGACUUUAUGAUGUCAUUCGACCAGAGGAGGAGGAGAUCAGAGCCUAUGUGAAGCAGGGUGACCAACAGUGCCCACUAGUGGUGGUAGGUGGGCCAUGCACUGGGAAGACAGUACUGCUUGCACACUGUGCUCAACAAAUGAGGUCAUGGCUUCCACACAGCGAUCCUGUGGUCAUCACUUAUUUUUACAACCCGCAGCAGAUGCUUUCCCCAACAAACCUUUUGUCCAGCCUGUGUUAUCAAAUAGAAAACAGAUACCACAGUGACUCUUCCUCUAAAAAGGGUCCCAGCAUCCAACUUGCCACAACAACGGACUGUCAUGGCUGCAUCACUGACCCCAAAGACCCCAGCUCCAGCUGCAGCCCAACAUCCGCUCUGGAUUCUCAGCGUGAACCCACCACCAGCGAACAUGUUUCUGACUUUAAACUAAACCAUUGUACCAAACAAAGCCCAGCUCCUAGAGAAACGUGUCCCGGCAUCAUCAAUCCUGACAUCAGGGCGUCUGAGCUCAGAGAACGUCUCUCCUCCCUCCUGUCCUGUCUGCCUUCUCCCAAACAGCCUCUACUUCUAAACCUCAGUGGCCUGGAUCAAAUCGAAAACAAAUUCGUUUGUCUUCAGAUCAUUGAGAGCUUCCCGUCUCCCCUCCCUCCUGGAGUCAAACUGUUUCUCACAGUCUCCUCCAACCGAACUCAUCUCCUACAGGCCAUCAAACGACAUUACCAAGGUGUUAGUGAGAGGGAGUCGGGGUACGUUUGUGUACGGUUGGGAUCUGCAAACAGGAAGGAGUGUGUGAAGUUGUUGGCGUCGCUGCUGAGCGGCUCAGGCAGGAGGAUAACGUCAGGACAACAGGCUCUGGUGAACCAGGCGCUGAGCUCCUGCUGUCUGACUCUCUAUGCUCGUCUCCUGCAUGUGCAUACCUUGCUCUGGUUCUCCGAUUCUGAUGUGACGUCAUCGUCUCUCCCUGACGGCAUCCACGCAUCCAUCUCUGCCUUCCUGCAUCACCUCGAGAUGAAGCACGGCUCCUCUGUUGUGGCUCGAGCCGUCUCCUACCUCACCCUCUCCAGGACCGGGCUCACAGAGGUCGAGCUUGGCGACCUCCUGUCGGGUGACAAUGAGGUGCUCUCUGAACAUGUCCAGCAGGGCCAGAGCUCCUCCGCCAGCGUGAGCGUCCCACAAAUCGACGUGGAGAGACUUCUGUCGGAUCUGAGGAGGUUUCUCAUCAGGAGGACGUCUGCAGGGUCGCCUGUUCUGUUGUGGGCGAGCAGACAUUUUAAGCUGGUGGUGGCUAAGAGGUAUCUGAGCACUCAGGAGGCGAGGAGGGAGAUUCACUCGGAGAUGACAGAUUAUUUCAGCGGCCGAUGGGCUUGUGGCAAUGCUAAAGCACUUCUUGAUAACCUGACAUGUAGACCAAGCAAGGCUAAGAUGAAUAUAUACAUUGACAGGCAGCCGUUUAUCUUCACUUGUUCGUCCAAAAACUCUGGUCGGGUGAAUUUGAGAAAAAUCGUAGAGUUGCCAUAUCACUUGCAACAAAGCGGCAGAUGGGAGGAGUUGGAGCGCGGUUUAUUAAUGUCGUUGCAGUUUCACCAGGCUAUGGUUCGAGCAGGUCGUCUAGGAGAACUGGUGGCCAUGUUGGAGGAUAGCAGAUCACAGAUCGUGUUCAGAGAAAGACGACUCCUCGCAGGAACGCUGAAGGCUUCUGCUUGCUUACUGAAGUCUGUCCCUCUGCAGCUGCCGGUGGUGAUGGAAACAAGCCUCCUUUCUUAUCUUGAGCUCAUUCCUGAACUCCAAGGUUACGUCAGGGAGAUCCGUCGGGAGAGGAGUGAAAGAGGAAGUGGGUUAGGUGUACUGAUUUGUCCUGCUCCUUCCUCUGUCCCCCCCAUUCAGUGUUUGAAGUGUGAGACGAAAACCCAGAGCGUUUCUGUGGUGGAGGCAGCUGUGACAGAGUGUGGGAUUGUGACAGAGAUCACAGACAAUGGCUCUGCUUGGAUUUGGAAAGGCCCUGGAUGUGAUGUAGUGAAGGUGUCACUGAGCUGCGAGCGGAAGGAGCUGGAGUUCACUGGAGUGAAGAGCAGCGGUCGGUCGGUGCUGCUUUCCACAAGAUGCAACAAAUGUUUCUUGUGGGAUGUGACAGGCUCGGAAAUGUUUCUGGAGGUGAAAGACCCUUUGAAAACCCAGUCCGAGCCAAACUCAAGCCAACAAACAGCAAAGAAAGUCGAGGGCUUUGUUGCUUGUCAGAAACAGAUAUACAUGUGGUGGAGAGAUGAGAGUUUUGUGAGUGUGUUUAAUGUUUCCAGUGAUAGCGUGACUCGCCUCCAGUGUCAGAGCUCUGUGACCUGUUUGGUUUGCUCAUCCAAUGGCUUCUACGUGUUCUGCGGGCUGGACGACGGGACAGUCUCCAUAUUUGACACAGUCUUUGGCAGUUUGCUCUGCAGCAGCUCAAACUCAAACCACAGAGCGGUGACAGUGAUAAUCAUCAGUGAGGAUGGGGGGGAAAUGGCAUGUGUUGACAGGACGGGGAACCUAACUUUAUGGGAUGUGGCGAGCAAAACUCGACCGCCCAGACUCGUAAAAGAACGAUUUACUGGCGGUAAAUCGAAUGACGUCCUCAAUACAGAUUACUCUGAUGAAAUUGACAUGUUGUUGGUAUGUCAGUCUAACCAGGUUACACUGUUGGAUGCAAGGGACUGGGAGCUGUGGGACCAGUUCUUGGCUCCAAAAGGGAGAGCCUUCGCUCAGGCUGUGCUCUCCAAGGGUGGGCACCUUUUCCUCGCUUCGUUUGAAGCCUGUGCCCUCGUCUUGGUGUGGAGGGUCAGCUCGGGGGAGUGUGUCCUCUCCUUAGAAGCAAACCAGCAGCCCCACGCGCUCCUCAAAACAGCAUCAGAUGUCAUUUGUCUCAGUCCGGACGGCUGCCUGACAGUGUGGGACUCUGAGAUGAUAGAUGCUGCAGGUGCAGCUCAGAAAUUAGGGCGUGGGGUGAAGGAAGUGGUGGUUGAAGAAACUGGGGAGUGCUUCUACGCCACAGACGGGUCCGUGACAGUGUGGAGAUGGAGUUUAGAGACGGGUUCCCCACAUGCCAACUUUCUACACGACGGUCCUGUGGAAAAACUGUGCCUUUCUGCAGAUAGCAUUCAUCUUGUGACACUCUCAGCAGGGGACAUUUACAUUUGGAAGACAGAAACAAGUCAGAACAUCCUGCGUAUUAAGGGAAGCAGAGCCACAGAUAUCAUGAUCACCCCUAAUAAUAAGUUUGGGGUGAGUAUUUCCAGGCAAGGGUUGUCUCAAGUGUGGAAACUGGCAAAUGGGAGAGUUGUGUGCAGCAUACAUCUGUACCUAUCCAACGCCAAGGUGUCUCCUGAGAGCACCUUUCUCAUCGGCCUUCACCAAGGGGACCUGUUGGCUGCUAGUCUGUGGUCAGGCUCCAUCAGUAAGCGUUUCUCCUGCGUGGAAAGCUCAGACCAUGUCGUUGCUUUCCAGUCAAUCUCAGAGCACCCAGACUUGGUGGUGGUGAUAGCUGCCUCAGGGGCAGUGUACACCUGGAAGGUAGCGAACCAGACCGUGUGCAGGCACUUUCAGCUGCCGUACACAUUUCAGUGUCAGCCAGAAGACAUCCCGAUGUCCUCCGAUGGGAGAUAUGCACUGCUGUCCACUGAUAAUAACACCAUCAACCUCUUGGACCUGUCUCAGGUCAGACUAUACUCGUUCAAAGCUGAUGGUCCCGUCAUUAAAGCCUGCAUGGACGAAAGUGGAUGUUUUGCCGCCUACAUCAGCCUGGAGACGACUUGUGUCUGUGAGCUGCGUGUGAGGCCUGUGCUCACUGUUGUACGACUUGCAGAUGGGGAAAGGGUAGGAAGUGUGAGUCUGUCUAAGAAUCCAUCGACUCUGCUUGUGUGUAAGCAGCAAUGUGUGCAUGUGGGUUUUGAGGACGGGUCUCUCAGUGUGUAUUCGGUUUCGGACGUCAUGUUUGACAGAGAGGAAUUGGUCAGGUGCAGAGAAAAUAUAACUGGUGAUGUGAUGCGAUGCCCCUUUGAAAGAGCACCAGUCAGAUGGUUACCGCUGCGAACCCCCAAUGUUAUAUGGCCUUAAUAUACUGUUGGACAAUGGUUGUGCUUGGAAAAUAUAACGAGAUGAUUCAUUUCACGGGAAAAAAUGUGAAAAGCAACAGAUACGUAUUAGAUAUUAUUUUAUGUAUAUUGUCGUGUUCCCGAUGAGGGAAAUAAAGAAGGGACUGAAACUGUGA